AUGGCAAACAUUGAUGCACGAAUCUCCUUACAAAGGAGUCGGUUUAAUUUAAUACAAGAGGCCGCUGAUUUCACCGAACAAGACAUUCCGCCUUUCAAUCGACAACUUAUUACUACCCGGUUGACCUUGUUGGAACAGAAUUGGAAUAGAUUUCAGGAAGAACACGAGAACCUAUGUCUAUCCGAAAAUCUGAGUCAUCAGCCCUAUGAGGAAUUAGACAGCGUGGGUCAGUCUUCCGGUUCUGCGCAUUCAGAACAAGGGGCGGUCCGUUCGUUGUUGCCGCGCAGCGCACUUCCAAGAAUUAAAUUGCCAAACUUUUCCGGAGAAUAUCAUUCGUGGAGAACAUUUCACGAUUUGUUUGUUUCAUUGAUCAAAGUAAACUCUGACUUGACUAACGUAGAAAAAAUGCACUAUCUAAAAACGUGUCUCACUGGAGAGGCGGCUAGACUUAUCUGUAACUUGCCACUUUCGGGAGAUAGCUUCGCCAUACCUUGGAACCUAUUACUAUCGCGAUACGAGAAUAAACGAUUCUUGAUUAGCGCGCAACUCGACCGUAUCGCGAACUUGAAGCCCCUCGAAACAAAGAGCGCCAACGGGCUGAGGACUCUCCUAACAACAAUUCUAGAAGCCAUCGGAGCAUUACGGGCCCUCGACUGUUCCGUACACAAUUGGGAUCCCUUGUUGAUACACCAGUUUACGAGGCUCUUAGACUCGGAAUCUCGGGAGGCUUGGGAGGUGAAACUCGGCUCAUCUCCUACGUUCCCAACCUUCAGUCAAUUCGAAGAAUUUUUAAGCGGAAGGACAAGAGCCAUGGAGAACCUUCAACCGAACCUGGCUUCGGGAUCAAAUAAAGAACCUUUCUCAAACAAUUCUCGCAAACCUCGCGCCGGUUUCGCAGCCUAUACCACAAUGCCUCAUUCAGAUAACAGCUCUCUCAACUGUCCGCUGUGUGGAGCAGCACACUACGUAGCAAAAUGUGAUCGCUUCCAAUCCAAAGCCCUUAAACAACGCCGGGAGAUCAUUAUUAAGCACAAGAGAUGUUUCAAUUGCCUUGGCUCUCACAACAACACUUACUCUCCUCGCUACGAGCCGAGCCUUACUGCCGGACCUAACGGAGACAAUCAGAUCGUUCGACUUCUUAUCGAUCAAGGAUCUGAGAUGUCCUUUGUCACGGAGGAUCUGGUCCGACGCCUAAAACUUCCACGCACUGCGGCUUCCAUACCGCUCAUCGGUAUUGGAGGUACUCACUCCGGUCGUACCAGAGGAAUGGUAACAAUCAAUUUACGGUCAAUCCAUGAUUCAACUUCCGAAUGUAAAAUUAAUACUUAUAUUCUGCCAAAGCUAACCAACAAGCUACCCCCUUUCCGUAAGGACAACCAAUUUUGGCCUCAUAUUGCCGGAUUGCAAUUGGCAGAUCCGGACUUCUCCAGUCCGGGACUUAUACAUAUAAUAAUAGGAGCCGAUAACUACGGCUCAGUUAUACAACCUGGACUUAUACGAGGGAAUAAAUCGUCUCCUAUAGCACAACAAACCAUCUUUGGUUGGGUCCUUUCCGGUUCUGUUUCCGAGAACGUAACACACUCAGUGCAAACGUAUCACUGCACCGCCGAUCUUGACCUACAAGAUUUACUCGCCCGAUUUUGGACUCAGGAGGAGUUAUCUACCCCAACAUCCACUGUCCGGACUGAAGACGAAGAGGAAUGUGAACGCCAUUUUUUGUCCACCCACAAGCGGGAUACCACCGGACGCUAUGUAGUCCGUCUCCCCUUUAAGUCUGACCCCGCUCUCCUGGGGGAGUCAAAGAUAAAGGCGCUCAGAUGUCUCAAUAGCCAAUUCAACCGAUUUUCAGCGAAUCCCGCAUUCUAUAAGCUUUACGAUGAUUUUUUAAACGAAUACAUAAACCUAGGUCACAUGGUAUUGGUCAACAAUGUCAAGGAAACAACCACUCCG